AUGAACGAUGUGUUAUAUUUAAUUCUGUAUUCGACCGAAUACACAGAAUCUAUAGAUUCGCAUUCUCCAAUAAUGUCUUCUCAACCAACUAUUCAAUUACCAUCUGGUUCAAAGAUCCCACAAUUCGGAUUUGGAACAUGGAAAUCAGAAACCAAUGUUGUAGGUGAAGCUGUAAAGACUGCCAUCAAGACUGGUUAUCGUCAUAUUGAUUGUGCUGCCUGUUACAGAAAUGAAAAGGAAGUUGGUCAAGCAUUCAAGGAAGUAUUUGAUCAAGGUAUUGUCAAGCGUGAAGAUCUCUUUAUCACCUCUAAGCUCUACAAUACCUGUCACGAGAAGCACAAUGUUCGUAAGCACUGUGAAAUCACUCUUCGUGACCUCGGUCUCCAAUACCUCGAUCUCUAUCUCAUCCAUUGGCCAGUUGCCUUCAAGUACACUGGUGAGGUUGUUGAAGAUCCAGUUGGAGAAGAUGGACAAAUCGAAUUCAUCGAUGUUCCACUCAGAGAGACCUGGGAGGAAAUGGAAAAGUUGGUUCAAGAUGGUCUCGUCAAGAACAUUGGUGUCUCAAACUUUAACGUACAACUCUUGAACGAUCUCUUGACCUUUGCCAAGAUCAAGCCAGUCGUCAACCAAGUUGAACUCCACCCAUACCUUGCUCAACCAAAGUUGAAAUACUUUUGUGACAAGAAAAACAUUCACUUGACUGCCUACUCUCCAUUGGGCAGUGGUGUCCUCGUCAACGACGUCGCUGUUGGUGAGAUUGCCAAGAAAUACAAAGUAAGCAUUCCAAACGUUCUCUGUCGUUGGGCCAUCCAACAAGGUUUCUCUGUCAUUCCAAAGAGCACCAACGAAGAAAGAAUCAAGGAUAACUUUAAGACUUUGGAUUUCAAGAUUGAUGAUGCCGACAUGGAAAUCUUAUCAAAGCUUGACAAGGGUUCUCGUACUUGUGAUCCAUUCCACUUUUGGGGUAUUCCAGUUUUCAACUAA